GGUGACUGUUACUGUGUGGUCGGUGCUGCGAGGCGGUCUCUGUGCGAUAGUAGGCUCAUUUUAGUGUCGCGUGGCUGCAUUGUGAAGACCUACAUUAUAGUUGUGUAAAAACGGGUGCUGAAAAACAGUUUUCAAAAUCUGAUCAAAAACCACAAGCAUCUUCGAUCUGAGUUAUCUUCGAUAACUUGAAUUACUGGUUAGAAUGUCUUGAUCAGUGGCAAAGACGUUCUCUUGAUAGCAACUUAUUUGCUUUUCACCCGCCUUCAAUCCGCAAAACCAGUAUUCAUCUGAAGCACUGAACCACUUCCAGUCACCAUGAUAAUUAUUUCGCUGUUGUGGCUGCUGCUAUGCGCCUGGCCAGUGACUGCAAUUCUAAACUUCGAGCCGUAUCCGCUUUCUUAUUUCAUCGAAGUUCCAGCACUCCAGCAUAUCAAGUAUGCUCCGGCCGUCGGUGCUGUGCUCCUAUUGGCCGCUAUCGCCGUGGCGCAGUACGGUUUUCUUCCAAUUCGACCCGCCCGACUGGUGGCGAAACUGGAGAGCCGGUAUCUGGGACAGAAAGAGCGGAGACACGGCGGGCGGAGACCGAGACACGCCGGAGACACGGAGACAUGGGAGGUGGCGCCGGAGACACGGCCGGAGCUGCUGGAGGCCGUGCUGAAGGCAGCCUUGGUGUUGGGCGAGGCAUUGCAGCGGUACGGUCCCGCUCCCAGCGCCACCUAGACCGACCACACGGUCCCGCUGGACCGACGGUAUCGGUGCCGUCCCGCUACCAGCGCCACCUGGACUGACCACAGCGACACCUGGGUGGCAGACCACAGCGACACCUGGAGCGAUUGGAGCGACAUCUGGGCAGGGUUUACAGGGCGAUAAAGAAGGAGCGACAAGCAGCGACUGUAGGAGACUGAGUGUUGUGACUGUGGA